UAAAACACUGCAUUAAUCUAGACUAAUGUUUUGUGUUAUGGGGAGCCUAAAUGACCUGCUGCACGUCCACAAAGUUCUCCUUCAUCCUUGCCUGAGCUGAUAGUUUGUUUCUGACCUGCCUCUAAUGUCGGCUCUAUUGCUGGAGGCACCGUUUCAAAUUGUGUCUGAUGUGUUCACGUUUCCAUACACAGAACAUCAGACGGUUAAGAAAGUAGGAGUGUGACUGAGCUGCUGUGGACUCUGUGCCCCGACAGUGUCCAUGUUGGUGCGGGAGCUUGAGGCCUGCUUCCAUACAUCCCUGCUCUGGCUUUGUUGAUCCUAUUGUUUUUUGCGUCACCCGCACGUCGCCCGGAAAAUAAAGGCCGUCUGGCUCCAAGCUUAAAUAUUGCGGCAAACUAAAAACCAACCAUCAGAGCCGAUUCAUUCACAUCUGCUCAGUGGGGCGACAAGGACAGGGCUUUAGGUGGGAAAGAGGGCAGAAAAAAGUUCACUCUCCCCUGCCGGGUGCCAAGAGAACGGGACAGGACUCAACUUUGCCGGAGCCGCAGCUGUGUGCUACGGACCGACCAUGGGUGACUGGAGCUUUCUGGGUAAUAUUUUAGAGGAAGUCAACGAGCACUCCACGGUGAUCGGCCGGGUGUGGCUCACAGUGCUGUUCAUCUUCCGCAUACUCAUACUGGGCACGGCGGCAGAGUUCGUGUGGGGCGACGAGCAGUCUGACUAUGUUUGCAACACACAACAGCCUGGGUGCGAGAACGUGUGCUACGACGAGGCCUUCCCCAUCUCCCACAUCCGCCUGUGGGUGCUCCAGAUCAUCUUUGUGUCCACGCCGUCUCUAGUGUACGUCGGCCACGCUGUGCAUCAUGUGCACAUGGAGGAGAAACGUAAGGAGCGAGAGGAAGCAGAGCUUAGCCGGCAACAGGAACUGAGCGAGGAGCGUCUGCCUCUGGCACCCGACCAGGGAAGUGUACGCACAACCAAGGAGACCAGCACCAAAGGAAGCAAGAAGUUUCGCCUGGAGGGCACCCUGCUGAGGACCUACAUUUGCCACAUUAUCUUCAAGACACUAUUUGAAGUGGGUUUUGUGGUAGGGCAGUACUUCCUUUAUGGCUUCCGCAUCCUGCCACUGUACAAAUGCAGCCGAUGGCCCUGCCCCAACACAGUGGACUGCUUUGUGUCUCGCCCAACGGAGAAGACUGUCUUCAUCAUCUUCAUGUUGGCUGUGGCUUGUGUCUCGCUCUUCCUCAACUUCGUGGAAAUCAGCCACUUGGGUCUGAAGAAAAUCCGCUUUGUCUUCCGUAAGCCAGCCCCAGCUCCAGCCCAAGGCGAGGGCACAGCCCCGCCUCUGCCUCCACAAGGAAAAGGUCUGUCUCCGCUGGCUGUUCCCGCUUUGCAAAGAGCAAAAGGCUACAAGUUGCUAGAGGAGGAAAAGGUUCCACCUGUAACUCACCUCUACCCUCUGGCUGAGGUCGGCAUGGAGGCUGGCAGAGGGACUCCACCCUUCCACACACUGGAGGAGAAGGUGGAGGAGGUGCUGCCCAUGGAGGACAUCUCUAAGGUGUAUGACGAGACUCUGCCUUCCUACAGUCAAACGACGGGGACAGGGGAAGUGACAUUACAUGAAGAAGAGGUUGAGGAGGUGCCGCCACCGGAGGUGGAAGCAGAGAGAAUAGAGGAAGGUCUAGAUGAGGAUGCGGAGGGAGAGGAAGCAGAGAACGAGGAGAUGGAAACCCCUGCUGAGGCAGAGGUGGAGGCGACGGAUACGAUAGAAGACACCAGACCACUGAGUCGACUGAGCAAAGCAAGCAGCAGGGCCAGGUCAGAUGAUCUCACCGUAUGAACCCGUGAGACAAAGCACAUGCAUGCCUUCACACAUUCAACAUCAGGGAGAGCAUACACCACUAACUCAAAGCAGUGCAUACUUUUACACAGGCAGGCCAAAAAGUGGAUGAAAAAGAAAAAAAUCGACAGGGAUAGAGAAAAACCUUUCAGGGUGGAAUUCUGCAGAAAGCACCCUCAAUAAAACAAAAUAAAAUAAAAUAAACAAAAAAGUCAGAGUGUUUGAGGUAAAAUGGAAUAUAAAAGUAGGGUUUAAAGAGGAGACUUUUUUUUACUAAGUGUGUACUUAUUUAAAAAAUGGGGAAAUGUUUUUACUUGAUGGAAAUCAUUUUCAGUUUUUAGACAUCUUUUCUAUUGAAAGAGUUGUAGCUAUUUAUAAUGGAGAAAUAGGUAUUUGUAUACAAGGCUUGAGUUGAUAGGGAAAGACUACUAGAAUGUCUGCAAGUCGAUGCUUUUGCUGUAGAUGGACGAUGACUUUUCUAUUUAGACAGUGACAAAGUGUAAAGGCAGCCACACUGCUGUUGCUGAGAAACAUACUGCAUAGAAACACACAUCUGGUAAAGUUUGCAGGUAUUUAAAGGUAAAAAGUCUGAUUUAGGUUCAAAGGGCCGUACUUCUUUUGCACAUUCAGAGAUCACAACUCUGUAAGGCCUUUAACCCUCGUAACACCUCAUCUACGGAUCCAUUUAUACGAGAUUCUUUCAAGAGAAGAGGGAUUUGCAUCAGUUUCAGAGCAUUUCUCUCCUUUUUUGUGUUCAUAUACUAGGUGGUAAAAGUUAGAGCAGAGUUAGUCAGAGUAAAAACAAGAAAAAAAACCACAUGUUGAAUGUCUUUUUCAAUGUGAUUUGCAUCUUUUAUUUUAGAUCUGCUUAUGUUCUGUAGCCGUUCAAAAAAAAGGAAAACCUGUGUACUGUGAUAUCAGCUGUCCAUGCAAGACAGCAGGGCUCAUUUUGCCCAAUCAGAGAGAGGACUAUAGUAGUGACCUCAAGCCAAAUCCUCUCUGCGUGCUGUACAAAUAGGCGUCCGGGCGAUAAAGAUCAUGCAGCAUCAGCACAAGCUAUUGUUGGGGGCACGACAAUAAAAGAAACGACGCUCAUCAACAGGCAUCCUUGACCCAGGAAAUCAAUCCUUUGACUCAGUUUCAUUUACACAUUGGUAUUCAUCAUUACACAACAAGGGCAAACUACAAAAUGCAUGAAGUUUCAGAGGAUUAGUGUGCUACUUUAGUUACAGAAAGUUAAAUUUAAUACAGCAUUACUAAAGCAGCUGAUUUCAGAUAAUUGAAAUGAAAGAAGUGGAAGAAAUGAAGUUUUAUAAAAUAAGACUCCUUUAAUCUCACAAACAUAACAAAGCUAAUGGAAAUAGACAUUUUGAGGAGCAAUCUUUUCAACUUAAUUAUUUUGCUAAUAAGGGUUUUGAAACAGAGUGAACACAAGUUUUGGCCCCAGAUUUACCACAAAUCUUUAAAUUCUCCGUUUUUUUUGUUGUUGUUUUUUUUCACGCUGUACCACUAUGUGUGUCUUAUCUGUAAAUGUGCAUUCCCAACUGUAAAAUUGUAGAAAGUGGAUGAAUUUUUUUGAGUCUUCUGUGAAGUUCAUGUUUUUUUUUCUUUCCUUUUUCCUUUUUUUUUUUUAGAUAUUAACAGGUCUUUCACUCUGAGUCACCUGUCACAUCAACACAAAUAAUGUAUUCCUAAAGCAGAUUUUGGUCGUAUUUGCAGAACUCAUAGUGUUGAUACUGUCAAGGCUGGGAUGAGAAUAAGUACUUCUCACAUAGAAAGGCAACUGUUGUCCCCCAUGCACACCCUGCCCUCCUCCUGCUCACUAUUUUCUGCACAUCUUUGUGAUCCAAUGCCAAAACAAGUCAAAAGUGCUCACCACUGUAAUGCUCCAAGGAUGACACUGGGUCUUUUUUACAUUAAUAUGGCUGGUAAUGUAUGAUUUUUUUUGUACUUUGAAACUGUUGCAUUACCUAUUUGUUUGUAAGAAGACACAAUGAUUAAUAUUUGGGGGAAAAAAAACAAAAUUUUUACUAACUUGUAGUCUUCUCUGAUGAUAGAUUCUUUUGAAAUGUGAAUAAAUACAAUAAAAAGUC